AUGCGAAUGCGCUUCUCAUUCACCUCCACCGCUCUGCUCUUCGCAGUCAGCUCGAUUGCUCUGCCAACUGGCGAGUACGCUGACGCUGCUCUUGACAAGAGACAGUCUGCGACGACCUGCGGCAGCUAUGCUUACAGCUCAAGCCGUUACAACAACUACGAGGGCUUUGACUUCCCUGUCUCUGGUCCAUACCAGGAAUUUCCAAUUCUGCCAGGCUCGCCAGGUCCAGACCGUGUUGUCUUCGACACCGGAGGACAGUACGCUGGUGCCAUUACCCAUACUGGAGCUUCUGGUAAUAACUUUGUGGGCUGCUCUGGCACAUCAUAG